AUGCGCAUGCUCUUCCUCGUGCUCGCCGCGCGCUCGGGAGCCGGAGUGGCGGGGUCGGAGCUGCUGCAACGGCGCGAGUGGCCGCGAGGGGUCGUGCUGGGGCUCUCCAGAGGGCGAGACCACUACGCGGUGCUCGCGGCGGCGCACGGGGCAGCUUCAGCUGAAACAGAGCCUCAGCAGCGCCUUCAGGCAGUGCAGCACAACGCCAGUGGCCUCUCUGGAGCUAUGCGGCGGCUGGCGGGCCUGUGCGACGGCGCCGAUCCGUGGGCUCGGGACGCGCAGUCGGCUCGCGUGCCGGUUGCCGAGUCAGCCUGGCUGGCGAGAAGCGCCAAGGCCUUCCCUGCAUUCUGGGCGCUGCCCAGAAGUGCGCAGUACCUUUGCUGCGCCGACGGGCGGCCUCGAUGUGGAUUGCCGCGAGUGGCGUGGGAGCCUCCAGUGGCGCGGUCGUUGGAACCGGGGGCCGUCUUCCUCAACCAACCAAACCUCAUUACCGACUGCCGGACCUCGCGCGAAGAGGCCCUGGGCGGUGACGUCGUGUGA